AUUUGCUAUGAUUUCUCUCUUCUCCACUCCCUUUCAAGCUCUUUCAACUCUCAACUCAAACAGCUAGAUAUUAUUAUUGUAUUGUGCAAGUGAAAAAUGUUCUAAAAAAGAAGUCUUUACAAUUGAUAAUCACAUCUGAGCUGUUGUUUUGCGUAUGGUGUUAAAAGGGUCUUUGCAAGAUGCAAGAAAAAGAGAGGGGAAAGAAGGUUCUACCAGUUAGGAAAUUUAGCUGUAGUUGAUGGAGUUAGAUAUCGAAGAGUCUAGAGAAAAAGUUGAAAGGGCAUAAUCAAGUUUACCCACAAUCUGUGUCUCCUGACGUCUUCUUUUUGGACAUAUCAACUUCAUUAAGGCAUGGAAAAUGGUCUGUUAACGCCUACCAUUCACAUUCCAUCAUCAUUCUUUACUAGAGAAGGAGGUGGUAGAUUAUUUGAAAUAUGACAGGUGGUGUGAUUUUAGAGGGGUUGAAGAGUAACUUUUUGUACUGCCCAGAAAGGGAUUUUGAUGGAGGAGAUGUCUCUGCCGGUUGCAGUGCCAUUUAGAGUAGGUAAUUCAGUCUCUGAAAACUCGACCUUAGCUACCCGUUUGAACAUCAAAAGAAUUACAAUUAUGGCAAACCCUGUUGGUCUGUUAUCUGAUUCUGCAACAAAGGCAACUACCCAGUCAGUUGCUGAAGAAGAUAUGGGUUGUGACUCUGUUGAAAAGGAGACUGAAGAAGUGUCACUGAGAGAAGAGGGCAAGGGAACGGAAGCUCCUUCGUUGGACUUGAUAGCUGAUGGUAAAGAUAGUUGGAUUGCUAGUGAUGAUGUUAUUUCCAGGAAAAGUGAGGAUGAUUCUUUGUCAUUGGAGGGUGAUCAUAUUCUUGAUAGCUCUUGUUCACUUUCAGUGGUGAGUGAGACUAGCAGCCUAUGUGGAGAGGAUUUCUUGGGUUUUGAGGCUAUUUCAGAGGUAGGAACGCUAGGUUCUCUAGAUAAUGAGAGGAGCAUUUGCAGUGUAGAUAUUAUUGCAAAGACCACUGAUUUUGUGGAGUCAAAUGUUGAGACAGAGAUUGCAAGUGAUCCCCACGCUGCGACGCUAAGCCUUGAGGAAGAUAUUGGAAAUGGGUCUCUGAUACAGAAGCAAUCUGUAGUUGUUCUUCAAUUGGCAGUUGAAAAGGGAACAAGCACAGCAGUUGCACGGAGUGUGUUUGAGUUGGAAUAUGUUCCCCGUUGGGGAUUCACAUCGAUGUGUGGAAGGAGACCUGAAAUGGAAGAUGCAGUUGCAACUGUGCCUUAUUUUCUGAAUAUUCCAAUUCAGAUGCUAAUCAGUGAUCAGGUGCUUGAUGGCAUGAACAGGACCUUCAAUAAUCAAACCACCCAUUUCUUUGGGGUCUAUGAUGGCCAUGGAGGGUCACAGGUAGCAAACUACUGUCGUGACCAUGUCCACACUGCUUUGGCAGAGGAAAUAGAGUUUGUUAAGAAAUGCCUAGGUGAUGGAAGUGUGACAGAUAGUUGCCUGGAGCAGUGGAAGAGGGUAUUCACCAAUUGUUUCCUUAAAGUUGAUGCUGAAGUUGGAGGGCAAGCACGACGGGAACCUGUUGCCCCUGAGACUGUUGGCUCUACUGCUGUUGUUGCACUUAUUUGUUCUUCUCAUAUUAUUGUAGCAAACUGUGGAGAUUCAAGAGCUGUUCUAUGUCGUGGGAAAGAACCCAUGGCAUUGUCGGUUGAUCAUAAACCAAAUCGAGAAGAUGAAUAUGCACGGAUUGAAGCAGCUGGAGGCAAGGUUAUACAAUGGAAUGGCCAUCGUGUUUUUGGAGUUCUUGCAAUGUCAAGGUCCAUUGGGGAUAGGUACCUGAAGCCAUCGAUCGUUCCCGAACCAGAAGUAAUGUUUAUUCCGAGAGCAAAAGAUGAUGAUUGUCUCAUUCUUGCGAGUGAUGGUCUGUGGGAUGUCAUGACAAAUAAAGAGGCAUGUGACCUGGCAAGGAGACGAAUUCUUCUCUGGCACAAAAAGAACGGCAUUACUGUUACUCCAGAAAGCGGUGAGACUGCCGAUCCUGCUGCUCAAGAUGCAGCAGAAUAUCUAUCGAAUCAUGCUCUGCAAAAGGGUAGCAAGGAUAACAUCACCGUGAUUGUGGUGGAUCUGAAAGCACAAAGGAAAUUCAAGAGUAAAACAUGAUCUACUUGACCCUCCUUUGGUCCAACAUUCCCUCUAAAUACGACAUUUUCUAUAUAAUCCACUAUAUAGUUUCUGCCCAUUUAUUUUUCACCUGGGAAUUGUUUCUUUAUGAUAUAUAGUCUAAAUCUGUGUGUAGUAGCAUCAUAGAACACAAACCAUUCAAGAACCUCUUCAUUACUUUGAAGAAAUCUUGAUGCGCGCCACGCUGAUUUCUAGCGAUGUAAAUCUAUAGCUGUGCUUAGGUGUAGGAGAUUAUGGCAGAUCCAUGCUUUUGACAUUGAUGGUCAAUUGUAUUUGUUAUAUGCCUCCGAGUCAAGUCACUCAGGGAGGGUUCCUUUUGCUCUGUAUUUUGCUUGUAAGGAAUUUGGCUAAAUUUGAAAGACGGUAGGUCGUUCUUGACCAGGUUAUUACUACCAGUCCAUUUCAGUUGAGGCUUCCGAUUAUUUUGCUUGCAAUAACAAUCUUUCCUAUUU